AUGUCGUGUAGUGCUAAAGAUUUUCCUGUUAUUUCUUAUGCAUUUGGUAGAACGCUUUUUCCAUGUCAAGUUAAUGGUAAAUUAAAUACGCUUGAAUUUUUAGAAGCCUGCAAAGGAGUUGUUAAUCUAGUCGGAAAAUUGGGUAGUGCCUUUUCACCUUUACACAACGACAUAUCUUGUAACAUAAGUAAAAUUAAAACUUGCUUUGAUCAAAAUCCAAAAAAAUAUUAUUAUAUUGAAGAUUUAAUUUUAUGUGAAAAGUCGAUAAAUAGAGAUGAGGCACUAGAUGCUCUUUUGUGGUUACGAAGAGCAUUACAUUUUACAUUAGUAUUUUUUCAAAACAUAAUUAAUGAUAGUAAAAAAUCAGAAGAUUUACAAGAACACAUGACAUCUGCAUACAUUCAAACAUUGCAACCAUAUCAUAAUUGGAUAACGAGAAAUUUAUUUAAGUUCUUCAAAAAUCUGAUGCCUAAAAGAUCGGUUUUGCUGUCUAAAAUGUCCGAAUGCAAUGGAGAAGAAAAACAGGAAAAUUUAAUUAAGUCGUUACAAGUUUAUUUUGAAAGUUUAAGUGAUAAUAUAACACAUAUAAAUUCAUUUUAUAAAAAACAUAAUUUGGAACCAAACAGCAAAACAUAA